AUGUCAGAUAACCAUAAUAAUGAUACGAAUAGUAACAGUAGUGUUAAAGUUGAUCAAAAUGAUCCAAUAUUUAAAACAGUUGGAAUAACUUUGGCUAUUUCAAGUGCAUUUAUUGGCAUUUCAUUCGUUUUAAAAAAGAAAGGCUUGCUAGCUGCAAACGAAUUUGCCGGUAAAGGAUAUGCUUAUUUAUCAAAUGGAUUAUGGUGGAGUGGAAUGAUACUAACAAUCUUGGUAACUCCAUUAGGAGCAUUAAGUGUUGUAGUAAGCGCAAUUUGUUCUUCAAUCUUUCUUAAAGAAAGAUUAAGCAUGCAGGGUAAAAUAGGUUGUGCACAAUGUAUUAUUGGAGCUAUUAUAAUUGUCAUGCAUGCUCCGCCUCAGCAUUCUGCCACUUCUAUUGAUGAAUUUCGAUCUUUAUUUUUUUCACCUGUUUGUAUAGUAUCAUCUGGUUUAAUAAUAUGGAGGCUUGCACCAAAAUAUGGGUCUAGAAAUAUGUUGGUUUAUAUCAGUGUCUGUUCAAUCAUUGGUUCACUCUCGGUUGUUACGACUCAAGGUCUUGGUAUUGCGAUACUCAAAACUAUAGAAGGCGAAAAUCAAUUCACACAUUGGUUUACGUACUUUUUAAUAGUUUUCAUAGUUGUAACGUUGUUGAUUGAAAUCAAUUAUUUAAACAAAGCAUUGAAUCUAUUCAACACUGCAAUGGUCACUCCCGUAUAUUAUGUUGUAUUCACUAGUUUAACAAUAAUAUCAUCAUCCAUUUUGACUAAAGGUUUCGAAGCGCCACCUCAAGGUGUCAUAACCGUUGUUUUGGGAUUUUUGGUGAUUUGUUCGGGAAUCGUUUUAUUGCAAACUUCAAAAGGUACAGUUGUUGACCUUAGAAAUCCCGCUAUUCUAUCCCCAACUGGCACCAUAAUAAAUCAUGAUAUGGAAACAGUAUCUACAUUAAAUAAUAAUAAUAGUUUGUUAAUGCGUGCAAAUUAUAUCGAGCCAGGUGCAUCUGAAAUUAGAGCAAGUUUUGGUAGCAUCAAAAGGUAUUCUAUGAAUUUUGGUGCUAUUAAAGAAUCUGCCACGUUAUCAUACGAUCUACCAACUUCUAUGACAGCUCCUCCCACAAAAACGAUAAUAAGUAAACACAGACAUAAAAGAAGUAUGAGCGUAAAUUUUGAAGAGGGAAAGGAUCUUGGCGGUUUAAAAACGAGAAAUAAAGGUUCUGGACCUCAAAGAUCCAAUAGUACCAAAUCAAUGCCUGAUCCUGCCAUAAUAAAUGAAUUUGAAAACGAUAAAGACGAUGACGACGACAAAAAUGAUGAAAAGAAACCGUAUGGUCAGGUUCCGACAUUAAAAACUUUAAAAAACAAAUUCAGAUCAUUAUCACCAAUAACUACAACAACAAUUCCAUCCGUAACAACUCCUACAACAUCACCUGUUAAAAAAGAAAAAACUAGAACAAAUAAAACCCUUUCACCGAUAAUACCAAAACAGUUGCUAAAACUUGAUCAUCAUAUUGAUAUCCUAUCAUUACCGUCACCAUUACAACAUCCAAUCAAUUAUAUAAAACAACAUUUGUCACCUACAAACUCAUUAUUUCAAGAUAAUGGUGGUACGAGUGAUGGUAUUAGAAUUAGUAGGUUACAAAAAGCUAGUACCAGAAGAUCACAAAAUUCAAUGCAUUUGGUUGAUAAAAUGAAAUCAGGGAUGAAUUCGUCCGAAUCAAAAGAUGAACAUGAAGUUUUAGUAGGACAAAAAAUGGUAUAA